AAAAACUAUCGAUUCAACCUAAUUUCCUAAUCGACCAUCAAAUCGAGUCUUAUCCUUCAUCGGGCAAAUUUAUUUAUUUUCCUUUCGCAUAUAUUGAAUGUCAUCACGAAUAUUUAUUUCGGCCGAAUGACACAGUCUGGGGUUGUGGGUGAUUUAGCGGGGAGUUAACCCCCUUACGCCCCUGAUACCGCGGUAACAGACACGGGGUGAACUUAUUAUUAGCUGAAACUGGAGGAAUUUUCAGCGAAUUCGCCAUUUUCAGUGCGGAGUCAAUCAACAUAGGGUCGUCUGACGGAGUUGAGAAUAGUUGUGUACCAGGUGAGAAUAGGUCAGUAAAUCAAAAUGUUAGUUGACGAAUCAGUUCAAACAAGCAGAGACAUGGAAAGAAGAGCAUUUGAAGAAAGAGUUGUCAAGGAAGGAAUGGAAUUGUGGAGGAAACAAAAAGAUUAUCAGAAAAUGAAGAGGUCUAAAGAGCAAAAUGAAAUGAAGGAUAUGCUGGAACUUCAUUGGCCAUGGGGAGAGGGGCUAGAUGCCAAACCGAGAGGUUUACGGAACCUCAGAUUAGAAGAAAUUUUUCCCAACAAUGAUUAUAAAAACGCCAAACGUUUCGUCGGAAAUUUCGACCUUGGUAGAGGAGGAGGGGGAGCACCUGUUUUCAGCAGUGGCAAAACGAUCACUAGGACAAGAGAAGAUCCAAUUUUGAGGUUUCAGUUCGGUAGUAAAGAUUUGAGGAGAUGUGUGGAUAAUACUUUGAGAUAUAAGACGAAUAAAGAAGAGCAACAGAGGUACAAAAAAGAAUUGGAUAAUCUAGUGGAAUUGAAACAAAAGAAGCAAGACCAGGAAAAAACAGAUACUCUGAAGUUUUAUCGAGAACAAGGAUGGUCUACUGACAAAACAUUGAAACAUCUAGCAAAUGAUGCAAUCAAGAGUAAGCUAGCCGAUACGAAGAGAUACAACAAUUUCAAAUCCAUGACGGUUGUGCCUCCAAAUCGAGUGAUGGUAGAUCCCGUUGUGCGUAAAAAUUUCGUACCAGUGGGAAGAAACAGGAAACUCUCACCUUUAUCUGAUGACAGGGAUGAAGGUGUUGAGUUGGUAGCACUUUUAUCCAAAGAUCGGAAAAACCCAGCAAAAAUUCCGUUAUGCAGUUCUGAUGUGACGUCAGAGAAGAAGAUGGGCGGCAUCACAGUUUGGGACAAACAGGGACCGGUAUAUUUGACGGAUUUGGCAGAGCAGAUGAUUCGGAAGAGGCAAAAAGUUGAGGAAAUGCAAGUAAAGGAACUGGCGAGUAUCCGAAAACAUUUUUCGACUUGGAAUGGAUUCUGGGGCAGACCAGGCCAUGGUGCUCCUCUUCCGGAAAUCAGAAAGCAGUGUCUGAACGAAAUGCUGUAUCCAAAAAUGGCGCCCAUUGGAGUCCAUUGAAGAAAUCUCAUAGCGUAUUGGAAUUAUUUCGAUUAGUUGAUAUUGAAUGUUUUGCAAACAAAUAUCUGACACCUAAGGAGGCGUACAAGGGCCAACAGCUUGAUUUUUUUCAAAACAUUAGGAAUUCUAGUGACCAUCGUAACUUAUUUGAACUGACCGUUGCCACUUUGACUGCCAAUACCAAUUUGGACAAGUAAUUGUCACUUAUAAUCACACGAGAGCUUUUUUUUGUCGAAGUCAACUUGACAUGUAUCAAAAUAGUUAUUUUUGUAUCUAGAGC